AUAUCCCUGGGUUGCUCCGUUUUCGGUCGCUCGUGCGAUGACCCGUUGUUAGUUAUCGCUGGCGCUACCACGGUUAUCAGACUAACAAUGUAUCCUUGUGAAUGCUCAUGAUUGAUCGUUCAGCUGUGACGACGAAGAGAACAACGACGACGAGGAGGUGGUGGUGGAUAAAAGUCCCGUGGGGUACACGGAACAGCUGAUCGACGCUAACUCCACGAAUCGUGCACGGUCUUGAUAGAUCGCUAUGGCAGGUUUCGUGCUUCGAGUGAAAACAAAAUCGGGCCAGAAGGUCGUCAAUGGCCUUACUCCUCAGGACAAGGCGUUCCAGUUAAAGACGAAACUCGCUGAGCUCACUGGGGUACCCGUCGCCGCUCUUCAGGUGCUUGUCGGCUUCCCACCGAAGCCCGUCGACCUGGAUGCCGAUAUCGCGAUCGAGCGCAUCGGCAUUGUCUCCGGGGAUACCUUGAUUGUUGAGGAGAAGCGGAUCAUGUUCAAUGGAGAGGAACAAAGAUUCGAUAAUUAUAGCCGAUCACACAUAGUUGAUCAAGAGAGCUUUGUGGAUGCUCCUGGUGUAUUGAUGAAGAAAGUCGUGCCUGCCGACAAUUCCUGUCUUUUCACUAGUGUGGGCUAUGUGCUGAAUGGAAAGGUCGACACUAGUUGCGCCAGCUUCAUGAGAGAGAUUAUAGCUAAUGCAGUAGCAGCUGACCCAGAGGAAUAUUCAGAGGCAUUUUUGGGUAGACCCAAUGCAGAGUACUGCAAGUGGAUCCUCAAGUCCGACUCGUGGGGCGGCGCCAUCGAGUUGUCGAUUCUAUCCAAAUUUUAUGGCUUGGAAAUUGCAGUGAUCGACAGCAUUAACGCAAUCAUUAAUAGGUUCGGCGAGGAUCAGCAUUAUACUCAGAGAGUCUUUCUUAUAUUCGACGGAAUUCAUUACGAUCCGCUUUACUUAGAGCCGCUGGAUAGUGGCUGUAUUCAAACAAUCUUUCCCACUGAGGACGAAAGGAUGCUGUUGGAAGCUGCGGAGCUCGCGCGAGAAGCGAAAUCGAGUCGUCAAUUCACAGAUGUGCAGAAGUUCACGCUGAUCUGCAAUGACUGUAAAAUCAGACUGAACGGACAAAUGGCGGCGCAGCAGCACGCCAAGGACACUGGUCACAAGAAUUUUGGCGAAGUAGCGUAGCCGUGUCGCCGAUUGAUGAUUCCUCCGGUGACAGCUAACCUUGACCCUAAACAGUAUAUACAGUCUCGGACACUCGCUUUUUAUAUAUAUAAAUAUUUCGAGAAUUUGAUUACUAUCACUCUCUUACAUCUCUCAUUGCUUCACUAUUGAAACUUCACAAUCAUCCUCUUAUUGUUAUUACAGAUCACCGUGCAUUCUUCAUUCGAGCGACAAAAAGUUCUAUCUGUUACCAUUUCUCGUGUGCAAAUCAAAUAUACAGAAUCUUCGAGUUAUAAGAACGGUAUAAUAUUCGAAAGUAUGAUUAAAAGUAAUAUCGAGAAAGAAAGUUUUUAUGAUACUUGUUAGUUUUAUUUAAUAGCUAUAAGAUUUAAUCCGAAAAUUUUAUAGAACUCGUCAUCUAGAUGUUUGAAUUUCAUUCAGAGGAUUCAGAAAUUUCAUGGUUCUUCAAAAGUAUCGGAUUAUAAGUGAGAUCAUGAGAUGUACGAAGCAUCAUUAAAUUUCAAUUCGGUAAAGAUGUUAUAAAAGUUUUGUGUAAAAACUCUCAAGCAUGAUAUAUAUUUUCUCUUAUAUACACAUAUGUAUGUAUGUAUGUAUACAUAUACACACGCAUGUGCGUGCGCUCAAUUUCAUGCAAGUUUAUUUUUCUAAUGCAUGGAAAUAUAAUGCUGUAAAUAAUAUGUGAUUAGUUUCUGCAAGUAAUAUGAUACAGAUGUAGUUAGCGCGCAUAUGAGAUAUAUUAUUUUUAUAAAUUAUAUUCUAAAUUAUGUAUAAUUCUACGAUCAUUAUAUAUUCUCUUUAUAGAGAAGUAUUCUCUUAAUGAACGAAUUAAAACAUUCACCGAAUCAUUAUAAGCGUACUUAUACGAAACGAUUGUUGCACGCGUAUUAACAAUAGCAUUUUAAGACUAUUUUAUACUGUUUAGGAUUAAGGGGUCGCUGACGGGAACGUUCAUAGCUAGGUGCAAUAAGCUAACGAAAGCAGCUAACGACAAUGUUUUUUUACUCGAGCGAGGCGCUUGCGAAUAGCAAACACCUUUCUUGUCAUUAGUGUGAAUCGUAUGCGGUGCAAUUUACAGGACUGUUAAUGCGCAUAAUAUAUAAAAAUUAUUGAUUUUCACUAAACGUCGAGUGAGAUGAGAUCUUAAUAUUCAUCAUCGUAGAAUAGAAUAUCCCGGCGACGUUCGGCUUAUCUGUGAGAUCUUUAUCCUUUUAUAGUUUUUAUCUUAUCGCAAGAUAAUGUUAUUUGUUACGAAUUAAAUGGUCUUCAAAUAGUUUUUAUAUAAAGAGAAAGCAAGAUAUAAAUAAAUUAAUUGAUAAGUUGACAGAGAGGCGACACGUGAUCACGCAGAUAUCCUGAACGCUAUAUCGAGCGAUAACGAAAUGAACGAGACAUAUUUUACAAGAGGGGCUGUAUUUCAAACCUUUCUUUACAUCGAGUAACUCGUCAGCAAUCUCUUCAUUCGAGUACAAAAUGUCACAAAACGAUAUACACCAGUCAACGACCUGUGUUUUAAAUGUCACGAGCAUCGUUUGACGGACACGCUCUCUCUUUCUCUCUCUCUCUCUCUCUCUCUCUCUCUCUCUCUCUCUCUCUCUCUCUCUCUCUCUCUCUCUCUCUCUCUCUCUCUCUCUCUCUGUCCCUCCCACAUCGAUCGACGCAGUCGAUUCUCUUACAGAAUCUCCUACGGGAGAAAAAAGAUCUGCUUACUGGGUACCGGCGCAGUAAAGCUAUCGAAACCACAGACUUGAAAUUCGUUAUGAAGUAUAAACCUACGACGGAUUAUUAUUAUUAACAUAUCGGCCGUGUGUAGAUUCUUAUUCUUUUCCUUAUAACGAAGAAUGAUGUUCGUCCAUAGAGCGAACGGCUGUAUCAAAAAUAGAGAGCGAAACGACGAUUCGGUACGGCGUUUAUAAUUAUAUAUAUAUAUAUAUAUAUAUAUAUAUAUAUAUAUAUGUAUGUAUUCGAACACUGCCGUGAGUUUUUU